GAAGAAGUAUUACCUUAUAAAAAUUAUUUUUAAUAUUUCUCAAAAAUAUCCGAAUUUCUAGGGGAAAAAAAAGUAUUUUUUGGUAAGCAAAAUAAUAGGAGUUGAUUUGGCGCGAGAUAAACAAAGUGGAGGGAGAGAGAGGAGGAAUCGAAAAUCGAAAAUGGAGGUGAUGAGAAUGGCGAUUUCAGGAACACAAAGAGGGAAACUUAUAUCAGCAGGCUACACUUCUCUCUCCUCUCUUUCUUCUGUCUCUCCUCUUCUUCUUGCUCGAGAUUUAAAUAUUUCGGAAGUUGAAGCUCUUGAGAUAUUGAAGGCUGCAUCACAUAGCGGCAGAUUAGACACAUCAGGUGGAAACCAUGCUAUUCUCACUGGCGCUCAAAAUGCUUGGGAAAUGUUUGAGGACUCUUGUAUACGGAUAACUACAUCUUCUGCUGAUGUUGAUGACAUCCUUGGUGGUGGUAUAAGCUGCAAACAAGUUACUGAGAUAGGUGGUAUACCUGGCAUUGGCAAAACACAAUUUGGGAUUCAACUUGCAGUCAAUGUCCAAAUUCCAGCUGACUUUGGUGGUCUUGGGGGAAAAGCAGUUUAUGUAGAUACAGAGGGAAGCUUCAUGGUGGAGCGUGCUUUGCAGAUUGCUCAAGGAUGUGUUGACGACAUGGAGAAUGAUAAUUGCUUUCGGCAAAGAAAUAUCCGAGCUGUUAAAGACAAAUUGCUUCCCAAAGAUUUCUUGGCUAACAUAUUUCACUUUAGGAUCUGCAGUUACACUGAGCUAAUUGCUAUGAUAAAUCAUCUGGAUAAAUGGGUCUCAGAGCAUAGAAAUGUGAAACUAGUUGUAAUUGAUAGUGUUACAUUUUAUUUCCGUCAAGAUUUUGAGGACAUGGCCCAAAGGACUCGGAUUCUUGGUGAAAUGGCGCUGAAGUUGAUGAAGCUUGCACAGAAGUUCAAUUUAGCGGUGGUUCUAUUAAAUCAAGCGGCGACCAAGUGCUCUGAAGGUUCAUAUCAACUAACACUAGCACUAGGUGACAGUUGGUCUCACGCAAGUACAAACAGGGUCAUCUUAUACUGGAAAGGGGAUGAGCGUUGUGCUUAUAUUGAUAAGUCGACCUCUCUUCCAUCUGCCUAUGCACCAUAUGCUAUUACGACCAAAGGAAUCCGAAACUCCAGUAAAACUUGUAAAAGAACCAAAAUGAUGUGAAGUUUUUUCUGUUCAGUUGGUUUCAUCAAGCUGCACAGCUUGUAUGUUUAUCGGGUUGAUUUUGCUCUUGAAUUUUUCCUGGCUAUGCGUGUUUUUCUGCUCUAGUUGCUUAUUACAGUACAUUGAAGACUGCAUUCAAGAAGAAAAAAUAGAUGAAUGGUGAGUCUCAAUCUAUCUUGGA